AUGGAUGAACUCAAACACCAAGUAAUGAUAAACCAGUUCGUCUUGACAGCGGGUUGUGCGGCAGAUCAGGCAAAGCAGCUUUUGCAAGCAGCACAUUGGCAAUUUGAGGUACGGGGUUAGCUACGAUCAAUAGCGAGAUGGCUUGCUACUGUUUAUGUCUGACUGCGGAUGUGACAGACAGUACAUUUAGUUUUGACCGGGCUGCGAUGUUCAUUAUUGUUGGUCAUGGCCGAAAUGUGAUGUUGCACAAGAACAUUCGAAGAGAAAGAUCAGUAUCAACAAUUAAACUCAACUUCUAACAUGUAUUUUUUUGUAUUUGAUCGAAUUGUUCUAUUGCAUUUAUGUACUUUAUAAAUAUCCGUAGUAUCCAUUAAGUAAGGCUGGAAUGGGAAAAGCUUACCCAGUCAAUAUCAAAUUAGAAUUUACUCUAGAGAUUAAAUAUACUAGUAGCUAUAAUCCUGUUCCCAUGCAGCGGCAAGGCGAGGCUAGAAAAUGCAAUCAUGCAAUCAAGACAACCGUUCGUUUGUUUUGACAGCUCAUGAUUGUUUAGUCUGCACAGAAUAGUGAAAUAGAUUUUUCACAUCACAUUUGAUUCAGCUCCAUUGUUUAUGUGCUGAAUGUUUUUGUAAACACAAACUGUAAUGACAUACAUUUCUAAAAAACGAUUUAUUUUUAAAAUACAUGUUCUGUGUUCUAUGUAUUAGAGGCUAAAUGUUAUUGAUCGAAUUAUAUUAUAUUUUUGUUUUAGACUGCCCUCAGUGCCUUUUUUCAAGAAACGAAUAUUCCAUACGGUCACCAUCAUCAAAUGGUAAGUAUGGGCUCCGUAUUUGAAUGCACUCUACUCUUCACCUAAUCCUUUUUUAAUAUGAUGGUGUUAUUUAUUACAAUAGUAUUACUAACAGUGUCUAUAGUAGUAUAGUAGUACUUCUCUUAGUUAAUUAAUUACUUAGAAAACGAUCAUUAUGAUAUUGUAGCAACAAUAACAAAGCACAUGUCGGCCAUGUUGCGUAGUCGGGGUCUCAGUAAACAGAGGCAUGCUUGCAGCAGCAUCAGCCAGGUUCGGUUCAGCCAGCACGGCUGCGUUCGAUCAGAACGUUGGUGAUCAUGGAAUGGAAAGGUGGGAAGUUGCUUGAUGGAUUCGAAUAAUAUGUCGGUGAUAUGUGGACUGCAUAGUGGUGGAUACACGUGAACGGAUUUUACAUAAUGUGUGCCACAAACACCAUGUUGUGUUUCUGUGAAAAAUGGAUAUUUCACAGAAAAGGACAGCCAAUCCCUGCUGCUGCAGUUGUCUCAAUUUGUCUGACUAUGUUACAUCAUUAUGAGUUGCUCUAACUGUAUUACAUGUAUAAAGCAAUAGUGUAAACAAAAUCACAAGCAUAACAUUGUCAGUCAGUCAGACUUGCAACAGUGCCUGAAUAUUAUAGAACACUUGUUAUGAUUUUGUAAGCACCACACUGCCCACUCAGUGGCACAUAGGCCUUUGUAUUGAGCUGCAUGGCAUGGCAGUUUCUAGCAACAUCUGCGUUCUGGAACACACCAUAGAUGGGGAUUUUUUGACAUGUUGAUCAGUUUGGAGCUGAGCAGAAGCCCAUCCCUGUGUCUGUCCAGAUUCUCUCAUGUCAGUUGGCCACACCACACUAGUGGACAUUUUAGUGUCAAUGCUGCUGUGUGAAUGCAAUGAUUGGUAUCAGAUAUACGUUUUUAUUGGGGUGCAUGGCCUGAUGCUUACAUUACAGUGUAUUCAUACAACACUGUUUAUUUAAGCUGGAGAAUAUGGUGUUUUACCUGCAGCUUUUGUGAUUGAAAAUACAAAACUGUAAGAGUGAUACAAUCGAGACCUGAUGACAUCUAUUAGCUGUGCAGAAACAAUACGUCUACCCUCCAACCAUCUAGUAGCUGUGCAGAAACAAUAUGUCUACCCUCCAACCAUCUAUUAGCUGUGCAGAAACAAUACGUCUACCCUCCAACCAUCUAUUACAGUGGGGGAAAAAAGUAUUUAGUCAGCCACCAAUUGUGCAAGUUCUCCCACUUAAAAAGAUGAGAGAGGCCUGUAAUUUUCACCAUAGGUACACGUCAACUAUGACAGACAAAAUGAGAAAAAAAAAUCAAGAAAAUCACAUUGUAGGAUUUUUAAUGAAUUUAUUUGCAAAUUAUGGUGGAAAAUAAGUAUUUGGUCAAUAACAAAAGUUUCUCAAUACUUUGUUAUAUACCCUUUGUUGGCAAUGACACAGGUCAAAUGUUUUCUUUAAGUCUUCACAAGGUUUUCACACACUGUUGCUGGUAUUUUGGCCCAUUCCUCCAUGCAGAUCUCCUCUAGAGCAGUGAUGUUUUGGGGCUGUCGCUGGGCAACACGGACUUUCAACUCCCUCCAAAGAUUUUCUAUGGUGUUGAGAUCUGGAGACUGGCUAGGCCACUCCAGGACCUUGAAAUGCUUCUUACGAAGCCACUCCUUCGUUGCCCGGGCGGUGUGUUUGGGAUCAUUGUCAUGCUGAAAGAUCCAGCCAUGUUUCAUCUUCAAUGCCCUUGCUGAUGGAAGGAGGUUUUCACUCAAAAUCUCACGAUACAUGGCCCCAUUCAUUCUUUCCUUUACACGGAUCAGUCGUCCUGGUCCCUUUGCAGAAAAACAGCUCCAAAGCAUGAUGUUUCCACCCCCAUGCUUCACAGUAGGUAUGGUGUUCUUUGGAUGCAACUCAGCAUUCUUUGUCCUCCAAACACGACGAGUUGAGUUUUUACCAAAAGUUCUAUUUUGGUUUCAUCUGACCAUAUGACAUUCUCCCAAUCCUCUUCUGGAUCAUCCAAAUGCACUCUAGCAAACUUCAGAUGGGCCUGGACAUGUACUGGCUUAAGCAGGGGGACACGUCUGGCACUGCAGGAUUUGAGUCCCUGGCGGCGUAGUGUGUUACUGAUGGUAGGCUUUGUUACUUUGGUCCCAGCUCUCUGCAGGUCAUUCACUAGGUCCCCCCGUGUGGUUCUGGGAUUUUUGCUCACCGUUCUUGUGAUCAUUUUGACCCCACGGGGUGAGAUCUUGCGUGGAGCCUCAGAUCGAGGGAGAUUAUCAGUGGUCUUGUAUGUCUUCCAUUUCCUAAUAAUUGCUCCCACAGUUGAUUUCUUCAAACCAAGCUGCUUACCUAUUGCAGAUUCAGUCUUCCCAGCCUGGUGCAGGUCUACAAUUUUGUUUCUGGUGUCCUUUGACAGCUCUUUGGUCUUGGCCAUAGUGGAGUUUGGAGUGUGACUGUUUGAGGUUGUGGACAGGUAUCUUUUAUACUGAUAACAAGUUCAAACAGGUGCCUUUAAUACAGGUAACGAGUGGAGGACAGAGGAGCCUCUUAAAGAAGAAGUUACAGGUCUGUGAGAGCCAGAAAUCUUGCUUGUUUGUAGGUGACCAAAUACUUAUUUUCCACCAUAAUUUGCAAAUAAAUUCAUAAAAAAUCCUACAAUUUGUCUGUCAUAGUUGACGUGUACCUAUGAUGAAAAUUACAGGCCUCUCUCAUCUUUUUAAGUGGGAGAACUUGCACAAUUGGUGGCUGACUAAAUACUUUUUUCCCCCACUGUAGCUGUGCAGAAACAAUACGUCUACCCUCCAACCAUCUAUUAGCUGUGUAGAAACAAUACGUCUACCCUCCAACCUUUUUUAGCCUAUAUGUGUGUCACCUGAAAUGACUUUUUAAUUUAGUAAGUCAAUAUUCACGCAGAUAUAGGUGAACCUGGGUCGUACACUUGUAUUUGUGUACAGUAGCCUUUAUCAUAUCAGUAGGGGGGAAUUUCAUAUCCAUAGACAUGGAAUAAUGAACCUCAGUCUCAAUACAGAACAGAUUGGUGUGUGUGUGGUAUACUGCAUGGCAGGCUGCAGCCAUUGCCAACCCACUGGAGCCUGUAUGUGUGACUUAGUUAUAGAGACUUAAUCCACUUUGCUCCAGUAUUUCCUCCGACUGACACACUUUCUAGUGAUUGACGGACCUGAUGGAUACAGCAAAAGCUCCAUAAAGGGAACCGGUGUAAAUCAGGUCCUGAGCAACUGUACUGAACAUUAACCAUGUCUAUGCUCUACAGUACGAUACACAUCAAUAUAAUACUACCUUUAACAUAUAUGGUAAGAUACUUAGCUACGUGUUUGCAUGUAGUGUUCUAAUGUACGCUAACCUCUUGUCCUCAAGCAGGAGGGAUUUCUCUAUUCUAUGCUCAUGAAUUCACAUAAAAUGUUUAUCCUCAGUAUAAUGAGAUCACUGUUCCAGAGUAUACUAUAAAAUAUUAUCUUUAGCUUUAACGUCUUUUUUUUAGCUAAUUCUAAAUUGUAUUUACCCUAGCAUCAACACAUUCUACCUAUGAGCUUAUUCCAGCUGGAGAUUGAUUACCAAUUACAUAUCGACUGGCCACAGUAGCGGCAUGCAGCACCCCCUGGCUCUUUUUGCAUAAUGUUGUGAAAGGCGGAGAUUUAGCCUAACUUUAGCUUUUUAUUAUUUUUUCAGCAGCUAUUGCAAAGCUAGAGGAGUGACGUGCCCGUUCCCUUGCACAACAUAAACAAAUGUUCAUCUUUGCACAGACACAGAUUUGAUGUGUGUGUGUUUGUACACAAUCUUUUUUCAGAGAGUAUAACAGGCUUCAAAUGAGUCAUGUGUUUAUUGGACGGAAUACUAAUGAAGCAUCCUCUGUUUGACAACACAAGGACUAAUGGGCGUGAAGCAGCCCCUUUACUGACUUCAGUUCUCUGAGCCUGUUACUGAUGUAAGGGGCUUAGGGACAAGCCUUGUGCCUGUAGUUAAAGUGAGACUUAGCCUAGACGUGGUGGAGUUAGGAGCCUACUACUCAGUGAGAAGCUUAGGACCGAAGUAGCCUUUCUACAGAUCUAGGAACAGCUUACCCUCCAACCUACUCCCCCUGCCCCACCCUACCCUCCUCUCUACUCCCCCUGCCCCACCCUACCCUCCUCUCUACUCCCCCUGCCCCACCCUACCCUCCUCUCUACUCCCCCUGCCCCACCCUACCCUCCUCUCUACUCCCCCUGCCCCACCCUACCCUCCUCUCUACUCCCCCUGCCCCACCCUACCCUCCUCUCUACUCCCCCUGCCCCACCCUACCCUCCUCUCUACUCCCCCUGCCCCACCCUACCCUCCUCUCUACUCCCCCUGCCCCACCCUACCCUCCUCUCUACUCCCCCUGCCCCACCCUACCCUCCUCUCUACUCCCCCUGCCCCACCCUACCCUCCUCUCUACUCCCCCUGCCCCACCCUACCCUCCACUCUACUCCCCCUGCCCCUCCUUACCCUCCACUCUGCUCCCCCUGCCCCUACCUCUCCCUACCCUCCCCCUGCCCCUCCCUGGCUGUCUCUUCCCCCCGCCCUUCCCUGCACCCCUCUCCGCUCUCGCCCUUCCUAUCCAUCCUGACCCAGCGGUCCUCAGAGGCUGGCCUGUGCUCAGUCAUGUUUAGGUUUGGCCGUUUGUUGUGUCUGCUCGGCUCUCCCAUCCGCAGAAUCCCUCUCCACACACUAUCUGCCCAUACAAACAGUGCCACCGCAACACAUUCUGACAGGAAGCCAGGCUCCGGCUGUUCCAAAUGGACUCUUUCAUAGCAGCAGGGGCCAGCUAGGCUGCAGACACAGAGCUAACUAUCUGGCUGUGUGUUGUGGUAGAGCCUAGACAGAGGUCACACUGCACCUCUGAGGGUGUGAGCUGGGGGACUUUCUGAAUGGGAGGUGGUGAAACCACCGACUCUGUGAAGUGUGUGUGUGGGGUGUGUGUUGUUGAUUGCCGACUUUGCUGGAGAGUGGAACUGAAAGUAACAUUUCUUAUCUCUAUCUGGGCCUUACAAUUGUAGUAAAGUGAAUGAAGCAUCAUGUGACCUGGGAGGAGGAAGUGGACUGACUUCCACUACAGCACAUGUGACUGAUCACUGACCUAGACAACCAGCUACAGUAACAACCAGGAAAUACAGUUUAUAAAGCCUAGACUGGUACAAUAGGCCUGUGGAAUUGACUAAUUGAAUGUGACUCACUCCAACACAAAUAUACAGUUUGUGGAUAUGGAUGUCAUUGGAGAGGGUGGGGAAGGUGGUGGGAGAGAGGGAGGGAGGGAGGGUGGGGGUGGGAGAGAGGGAUGGAGGGAGGGGGUGGGGAAGGUGGUGGGAGAGAGGGAGGGACGGGAUGGGGAAGGUGGUGGGAGAGAGGGAGGGACGGGAUGGGGAAGGUGGUGGGAGAGAGGGAGGGGGUGGGGAAGGGGGUGGGAGAGAGGGAGGGGAUGGGGUGGGAGAGAGGGAUGGAGGAAGGGGGUGGGAGAGAGGGAGGGGGUGUAGUUUCUGGUAACUAUAAGCUUGUGAUUUUGUUUCUGGGUGUGGCUAAAAAGACACAUAAACACACACACACACACACACACACACACACACACACACACAUUGUAAUGUUGUAAUAUUGUGGUAUUAUACAUUUUGUAUUGUAGAUAUGUAGUGGUAGAGUAGAGUAGUGUGUAAUAAUGUGUUGUAUUGUAGAUAUGUAGUGGUAGAGUAUUGUGUAAUAAUAUGUUGUAUUGUAGAUAUGUAGUGGUAGAGUAUUGUGUAAAAAUGUGUUGUAUUGUAGAUAUGUAGUGGUGUAAUAAUGUGUUGUAUUGUAGAUAAGUAGUGGUAGAGUAUUGUGUAAAAAUUUGUUGUAUUGUAGAUAUGUACUGGUGUAAUAAUGUGUUGUAUUGUAGAUAUGUAGUGGUAGAGUAGUGUGUAAUAAUGUGUUGUAUUGUAGAUAUGUAGUGGUAGAGUAUUGUGUAAUAAUGUGUUGUAUUGUAGAUAUGUAGUGGUAGAGUAGUGUGUAAUAAUGUCUUGUAUGAUGUCUUGUACUCUUUUAUUUUGUAUGUAAUUGCCUUAAUCUUGUUUGGACCACAGGAAGAGUAGCUGCUGCCUGGGCAGGAAGUAAUGUGGAUCCUUAAUAAAUACAAAUACACACACAGACACACACACACACACACACGCACACACACACACAUCUGUAUUUUGAGGUCUCCAUUAGGCUACAACUGGUCAUGUGUUAGAGAUUUAAAAUCCCAGUCAUAAAUCACAACAUGGCUGACUGACUGCACUGUUGCAAUGGCUGCUAGGAGAGAAAUGGUCAUAUACCUUCUCUGUCUGACUGGUCCUGGACAAUGACCGUGAUCUGUUCAUCACCAGGGCGGAGAGAGGGAAGAAAGGAGAGAAGAGAGAGGAGAGUAGUGAGGUAGCAACAAUGGGAAGGAAGGAAGAGAAAGCAGAGUGUUUGGUUCAGGGA